AUAACCCCGCCUUCGUUGUGACAACGACAAAUCCUUAAAUUGGAAAAGGUGUUGAAUUAUAACGAUAAAUAAAUACAAUAACAUAUUUAUGGCAGGGAGAUGUUAAAUGAAUUCAGGUAUUUAAUUUCCAGUUGGUUUGUUAAUGUUUUGUAAAUAUUCUAGCUAAGCCUUAGUGCCACAAAAUGAUGUAAAUAAAUUGAAGCUAGAAGUUAGGCUAAUUAGCUAAUGCAAAGCUAAAGUUACUGAAUUGUAAUUAUAAUGGCUAAUCAAAGAACGUCCAGUGCCAUUGAUAGCCUCAUCUGCCAAAUUGCCAAUGAAGUUCGUGUGCUUUCUCAGGAGAAGAAUGUCCUUGAUCGAGAGGUUGAAGUUCUUAAAGCAAACAUUGCAGAAAGGAGGGAUUAUAUUGAAACAACUCGCACACAUAUCAAGAAACUGGAAGAGGAUGCUGAUGUGAAACACAACACUUUGAAACACAACAAGACAAUUGGAAAAGGCCUGAAUGUGACUCAGUGCUUGCUCCAACAGUAUGAGCGAACUGUGAGAGCAGAAUUGGAGAGCGCUAAAGACAGUUAUGUCAAUGAAAAGGCAGUCUUCAAAGAAAAGAUUACAAAAUGCAGGAAGCAGUUUCAGGAUCAUCAGAAAUCAUUUAGACAAAGGUUUCAGGCACAAGAUGACACAAAGAGUCCAAUUGUGGUCUCUCAAGACGACGUGCCAGUCAAACCCAAAGAAGGGGGCGGAGCCUAUGUCAAUGAUUCUGGUGUUCCUCGUUCCUUCUCAGAGAAAGGACCAGAUAGUGACCCUCACCUCCAGCCCACCACAGAAGCAGACAUGGAAAUGGAAGGUUCACCUGUGAAGGAUUCCAUGGUUGUCAUCACCGCUGUGAGUGUCAGUGAGACCAAGUACGACAAACAGAGACAUCUGACCGGUCCAGAAAACUCUGAGAACACUGAGGAAAUGGACGCACAAAGCCAGGCUUGGGAAUCGUCUUCCAGUGGUGCUGAUGAAAUUAGAGGCAGUGAGCAACAUGUGAGGGCAAAAGCUCAUCAGGGACCAGAUAAGAUGCUCAGAGAGGAAGAGGACGACCAGGAGGUCAAAGCAUUACGCCAACUGUCAGUUGUGCCUGAGGAAGAGGAGGCAGCACAGGCACAAAUGGAGGAGGGAGGCCCAGCACAGGAAGAGGAGCAGGCACCACAGGAACAUGGUGCCCCUUUGCCACAGCACUGUCAACAAACACAAGCUCAGUCCUUCACUGCGCCUGGAACGCCAACAUUCAACUUUAACUUUAGCCCAAUACGCUCCCCAGUUGCGGGACCAUCUGGUAGCAAAUCUCCAGCCUUCAUGUUCUCGCUCAGCUCUGCUCCCAGCACCCUAGGCUACUCCGGUUUCGGCUUCGAUGGGGUCUCCUCCCAUGAUGAGGAUCUAUCGUUCGUAUUCAGCAGCUCCGAGGUAUGUCUCCUAAUGAGUUUGUCUUAUCAUCCUGCAAUUCACCCACCCACUCAAAGAAAAUCACCAAACUCUGCACUCUGCUUUCAGAAAAACCAGAAGACUAAAUCAGACGGCCUGGAUUUCCUGUUCAAUCAGCCGGAACAAAGCGACGACUUCCAGUUCACCUUCCCCUCAGAGAGCUCAGCGGAUAACAAGGAAAACAGCAGUAGCGACUUUCCCUUUUCAUUUAACUUCUGAGAGAUAUUCACGUU